GCGCCGAGCGGGGCCGCCGGGGGUUGCGCGUGUCUGGCCGCGGCGCCCGAAGAGGCCAUGCCGAAUAAAAACAAGAAGGAGAAAGAACCUGCAAAAUCGGGCAAAAGUGGAAAAAGUGGCAAAGAUGGACAAGAAAACCAAGAACAUGAAGUGUCAAACAAAAAAUCAAACAGCGCUCCUCCCCCAGCACAGUUAUCUAAAAUCAAAGUACCAGCACCCCAGACAGUACUGAAAAAGGAAAAGCGUCAGAGUUCAUCAAGGUUUAAUGUCAGCAAUAACAGGGAGCUUCAAAAACUGCCAGCUUUAAAAGAUGUUCCUCCUGCUGAUCAAGAAAAGCUUUUUAUCCAGAAGUUACGACAAUGUUGUGUACUUUUUGACUUUGUUUCUGAUCCACUAAGUGACCUAAAGUGGAAGGAAGUAAAGCGAGCAGCUUUAAGUGAAAUGGUAGAAUAUAUCACACACAAUCGCAAUGUGAUUACAGAACCUAUUUACCCUGAAGUAGUACAUAUGUUUGCAGUUAAUAUGUUUCGAACAUUACCACCAUCUUCCAAUCCAACUGGAGCAGAGUUUGAUCCAGAGGAAGAUGAACCAACUUUAGAAGCUGCAUGGCCUCAUCUGCAGCUUGUUUAUGAAUUUUUCUUAAGGUUUUUAGAAUCUCCAGAUUUCCAACCUAAUAUAGCUAAGAAAUAUAUUGAUCAGAAGUUUGUAUUACAGCUUUUAGAGCUCUUUGACAGUGAAGAUCCCCGUGAAAGAGAUUUUCUUAAAACAACUCUUCACAGAAUAUAUGGGAAAUUCUUAGGCCUGAGAGCUUACAUCCGAAAACAAAUUAAUAAUAUAUUUUAUAGGUUUAUUUAUGAAACAGAACAUCACAAUGGCAUAGCAGAAUUACUGGAAAUAUUGGGAAGCAUAAUUAAUGGAUUUGCCUUACCAUUAAAAGAAGAGCACAAAAUAUUCCUAUUGAAGGUUUUGUUACCACUGCACAAAGUGAAAUCACUCAGUGUUUACCAUCCACAGCUGGCAUACUGUGUAGUUCAGUUUUUAGAGAAGGACAGCACGCUUACAGAACCAGUUGUAAUGGCACUGCUGAAAUACUGGCCAAAGACUCACAGUCCAAAAGAAGUCAUGUUUUUAAAUGAAUUAGAAGAAAUUUUAGAUGUUAUUGAACCAUCUGAAUUUGUAAAAGUUAUGGAGCCUCUUUUCAGACAGCUAGCCAAAUGUGUGUCCAGUCCACACUUUCAGGUUGCAGAGCGUGCAUUAUACUACUGGAAUAAUGAGUAUAUUAUGAGUUUAAUUAGUGAUAAUGCAGCGAAGAUUUUACCCAUCAUGUUUCCAUCUCUAUACCGGAAUUCAAAGACACAUUGGAACAAGACAAUACAUGGCUUGAUAUACAAUGCUCUGAAACUCUUCAUGGAGAUGAACCAAAAACUGUUCGAUGACUGCACACAGCAAUUUAAAGCAGAAAAACUGAAAGAGAAGCUAAAAUUGAAGGAACGGGAAGAAGCAUGGGUUAAAAUAGAAAAUCUAGCCAAAUCAAAUCCCCAGUACCCAACGUAUAGUGACACGAGCUUGCUGAACAGUCCAGUUGCAAUGGAAACAGAUGGGCCUUUAAUUGAAGAUUUGCAGAUGCUGAAAAAGACAGUGAAAGAAGAGGCUUGUCAGGCACAGAAAGAUCAGAAAAAAGAUCGUCCUCUCGUGCGACGCAAGUCAGAACUGCCUCAGGAUAUCUAUACCAUGAAAGCCUUGGAAUCACAUUGCAGAGCUGAUGAAUUAAUAUCACAUGAUGGGCAUUAAGCUAUUACAGUGAAAUAUUAUUUUGGAGGAACAGUUUUUUUUUUCUGGACUCAGUUCUACAGUAGAACUUAAUUUUUUGUGCCAUACCUAUUGGUUACACACAAAGUCAAAGUUUUCUUCAACCCAGUUCUGUAGGCAAUAACUUAAGAGUAUGCAGCUCAAGAUUAGUAGUUCAAACAAUGGUAAACGACCCAGUUCCGUAUGCAGAAUAUUGGGUUGACAGUAAUCAAGUGGACACAAUUUCCUGGAGGUGUUAUCGUAGUACCAGCUGGCUGAUAACAUGCAGUUUUUAUAAUCACGUUUGAGAAGAGCAUUCUGUAAACUAAUUCCAUCUAAAUAAAUGAAUGACCAAUAGUUGGUACUAAUGAUAAAUGUGCAUUUUCAAAAGUAAAAUAAUAUCAAAUUUGAGUAUUAAACCUUUUGUAGGAUUUGUCAACUUUAUAGUUGUUUCCACAUUGCUAUCUUGUAAUAUACCAGCAGAUUUGAAAGUACGUGAUUAUUCUUUCGUACUAUAAAACAUGGCUUACAAACUGGUACCUGUCAUGACAAUCCUUGAUCAUGAUUCCUUUUAAGGGUUCUGUAAAUUCAUUUCUCCUUUACUUAGGAUAAAGAUAUAUAUAUAAGUAUAUAUAUAUUCCAUGUCCUAAUACUUUAUGUAUAUUUAAAGCCAUAUUUUCCAGUCUUCAGUAUAUUAUAUGGCACCAGUAUUCCAGAAGUGAACUGGUAGAAUAAUUUUUCCUAAAAAAAAAAAAAAAAAACAAACAAGUGUUUACUAUGACUGGGAACAGAUUGAAUAUAAAAUUUCAUUUUGUUUUUUUUUUUUCCAAGUCAAUAAAAUACUCUUUCACUGUUUUCUCCCUUAUCUGAGCUUUUAAUACUCAGCAUUUUUCUUGGGCUCUAAGAGUUCAGUAUUCCAUGGCAGAUAUUUUGUGUCAUUUCAGCUGCAUCAGUUUUUAUCUGAAAGAUGAGCAUAGCCUUUCAGGAAACAAAACUUCACAAGCUUAGGACAAAGUAAAAGGAGAAAAAGAACAGACAGUUGAAUUCCAUUUUGCUUCUUUUUUUGCGUCUAAGAGCUGGGGAGAUCGUGACCAUAACUUUAUUGUGAAAAUAUUUUUGUUGUUGUAAAGAGCACAUGUGCUGCAAAUACACCUCACAAGUGAACUGAAAACGCAUCUGAAUUGCUGAUGAUCUUCAAAUGCUGCUAUAUAUUCCACAAGAUUACUUGCAUGUAUUGAGCUUUCUGUUGUAGAUGGAAAAGCACGGGAGGAAAAUCUUUUUUAAAAUAUAGUUCUUUGUCUUCAAUAUUUGAUUUCUCUCAGGGUGGCCAGUAUUUUGACUUACUUAUCCUGCUUACAAGCUGUUUGAAAUGUGUUCUGCUAUUCUAAAUGGGUGAUUAGUUUCCUUUGUCUCUGGCAGUAACAUGAUAUAACUUAAUGUUUAAUGUCUUGAUGCAUAAAGAGAUAAAAAUGUGGCUUCUUUAAAAAUAGUUUUGUUUCAUUUUUUAAGGAAGUAUAAUGUCUCCUGCAUCCAUAAAGAUAUUGCACAAAGCAGACAUUCGUAGUAACCUUGUGCAGAUGCUGUGCCUGCUGUUUGUUGGUUGCAUUUAACAUACAAUUUCCAAUAUUUGUGGUCUAUUGGAAGAAAAUUGUCAGCAGUAGAUAUUGGCUUACAAGAACUAAAUUUAAAGACCAACCCAACCUAUAAGCGGAAUGUCCACUGCGUCUGAAACAUUUCCUGUAAAACUUGAAAAAGAUUAUGCUUUACCGUAAGGAUAAACUCUAUUAGAACAGUUUAAAGAUGCCUUCUCCUUUUGAGGGAAAAAGGGUGCUUUUUUAAUUGUGUAAAGCAGUGUCUAUGUAUUUUGAUAUACCAUUGUUUGAACUUCCAUCUUUAGCUGGUAGAUUAUCAGUUACCUUUGAUUUUGGGUGUUCAGUAUGUUUGUGCAAGAGGUUGCUGAAAGGAAUUAUGUUACCCGAGGAGGGGAAGGAAAAAAAAAUGUAUAUCAAUGUUUGAUCGACUGUGUGAUGCUCAACGUAUAAGAACAUUUUUCACUGUCUAAACUUAUUUUCUGUUCUUUAUUGAAGAUAAACAUUCACCAAAAAGAAAUAGAAAUAUGCUAUUUCUAGACACUUAAAUUUCAUAUAGAUUCAUAUUUUAAGUUUGGGGCCACUUGUCAUUUUAUUAGGCAGUAUUCCAAAAUCUGUCACCACUAAUUGUUUAGCAUGUUUAUUAUCAAUAAUUACAUAUUUAUAAUCCUUUACGGAACCAUUCUUAAAAAAAAAAAAAAAAGAACAACAAAAAAACAAAGCCAACAACAACAAAAAGGAAGAAAAAUUAAAGUAAAAUUUUGGUGACUGUGGUUCUUCAUAAAGUUCUGUGUUUGACACCUUUCCCUGUUCUCCAAAAUUACACCUGUACAUCAGGAAUGUCAAAAGUAAUAUUACAAGUGUCUUUUUAGUGUGGCUUCAGUAUGGCUUCAUUUUAAUAUUGUACAUACAUUGUACUUUGUUUUAUGGUAAUAAGUAAUAAAAAUGUAGACUUCA